UAAAGACCAUAAUGGAUAAAGUUUUAAUAAAAUUACUACCAAAAUGAUCGUUUAAAAACAGAAAAACCCAUAGUUUCUACUCAUCUGGGCAGAAUUUGACCAGGGGGGUUUGAUUCUUUACAGUGAGGAAGAACGAAGGUCGUCGUUAUGUCUGGCGAGGGCUGUACUCUAUGUAAUGUUUCAUGGAAACCUAAACAUGGUGAUAUUUGGGGUCCUAAUGUUAAGAAUCUUCUUAAUAUGAAAAUAAAGGUUAGCAGUUCCGAAUUGAAGACUUUCUCUGAGGCAUCCGAAGACUAUGCAAAGAAACAUUUGCACAGACGUCCCAAUAACAGUAUAGGAUGUCUCGAAGAUGCAAAAAUUAAGCCGUUAGGCAGUGUCGAUCCAGCUCAUGCUUUGCAGGUCAUUGGAAAUAUGUUGAUAAACCAUUGUAAACAAGAGGAGACAGCAAGCUUUAUAGUCUCAGAUAAUAUAUUUCAUCACAGUUCCUAUUACAAGAAGAUCCUGGCUAAGCAGCAUGAAAUGAACCAAGGUUCAGGAACAAUUGAAUAUCUUCAUAAUCCAAGAUUAUUGUACAUGACGCCAAAACAUGGAAUUGUGUUUUUCCGAGUUCUACCAGAUACAGACGCAGAUCCUACAGAGAUUAGAGCUCAAAGAAUAAAAGCUGCCAAACAGAACCUGGAUAAAGACUGUAUAUUCUUGUGGAGAAUAAUACAGGAUCUUGUUCUUAAACAAUCCGUUCAUUUCACAGGAAUCCUUGUUCUUCCUAAUAUUAGUAACCCUCUGUCUGAAGAGCUAGUGUGCCGAAAUUGUUCCAGCUUCACCCUUAACCAUCGGCACAUUGAUACUUCGGCACACUUCAAGGUCUGGUGUUCUAAGCGGCUGGCGAAUAAAACCCCACUGUCAAGCUCCCUUUUUGUUGAACUAAUAACACGGCUGGCAGGAUUAUACGUUCUUAUGAAAACCCCUCAGCAGAACAUGCAUGAGGAGGAGGAGGAGGAUGAAGAUGAGGAUGGGGAAGAAGAGGAUAUCUUGAAUGCUAGAAGAGAACGAAUAAAACCGACAAAUGCCAAAACAAUUGUAAAGAUCCAAAAAUCCAAACAUAUUUGUAAAGUUCUGAUGUCCCCUCAACAGUUUGAAAUAUUCACUUCAACUGUAAAACACAGAGUUCUGUUUGGUGAAUACGGAUCAGGAAAAACACAGCUCUUGAUAGAAAAGGUUCGACAAACAGCUUGGGAUCUUCAUUAUUCUAAGACGGAUUCGGUACUUUAUCUCUUUUCUUUUGCGGAUGUAGAAGAAAGUGGAAAACUUAGUUUGAACGAAUGUAUGUUAUCUCACUUCUUGAUGUCAAUUAACAGAAAGUACAGUGAGUUGAUUACAGUUGAGAAGAAUGUAUUUAGUAAUGAUCUUCUUCCUCCGGAAAUACAUGUUAAGGUAGUGAUUGCCUCAAUGAGGCAGCUGGUUCGCUUACAGGACGGGAUGACCGCUAAGGUCAAGGAUAUACCUGGAUUCCUUACUCAGUGUGUAUUGGGCAAGAUAAAACAAAGUCCCGGUACACAGAUUCAUAUCUUUAUUGACGAGAUGCCUUUCUCUUCAUUCCUUGAGGACAAAUCAUCUGGUUGGGAGGAAAUGAUUGGAAGCUUGAGUCAGGAGUCUAAUGUUUGGUUAACAUCUCGUCUACCUCUUUAUCUUUGGUUCCAGGAUGACCGGGAUGAGAAUAAUCAUGUUCUAACAGAUUUCUUCCUUGAAGAAUUACUAAGAACUAAUGUGACCGGCGGCAAUAUGUUCCAUCUACCUCAAUCAUUCCAGGUUUCCUUCUUCAGCCAAGUGAUGCGUUCCCAGAAACCAGUUUUAGUUUUAAUGCGGGAAUAUUACAACCUGUCACAGAGUGCGCAGAACAGUUUCCAUGCCGCGAAGAAACAACUGGCAUUGAAGGCAAAGAGCCCAACGUUAGAGGACAAACAAACUGUACAGGUUAAUAAUAAAUUCCAUAUUCCAGGACAAGCUCUGCAUAUUGUUGAUAUAGAUUUUGUUAUCUAUGAGAGCGAUACCUGGUCUAACCCUCAUUACAGAAAUGAAUCUUCAAAUCCAGAUGAUAGAAUGGAGGCCAGCGGGAGUGCUCUGGGUCAUGUUGAUAAAGUUCUGAUUACUACUUGCCUGGGCAGUCGAGGGUUGGAGAAGAAAAUUGUAGUUUACAUUUCUCCAGAGAGUAUUGGAGACUUCUUGGCUAUUGUCAAGGUAAACAAGACAGAGUAUUGGAGACUUCUUGGCCAUUGUCAAGAGUUUAGUCAUCUUGAUAUUAAUGAUUUCAUGAUUUCUCAUGAUAUUGAUAUUAUUGACUUCAUGAUUUCCCAUGAUCUUGUUAUUAAUGACUUCAUGAUUUCUCAUGAUCUUGAUAUUAAUGACUUCAUGAUUUCUCAUGAUCUUGAUAUUCAUGAUUUCAUGAGUUUUCAUGAUCGUGAUAUUAUUGACUUCAUGAUUUCUCAUGAUCUUGUUAUUAAUGACUUCAUGAUUUCUCAUGAUCUUGAUAUUCAUGAUUUCAUGAGUUCUCAUAAUCGUGAUAUUAUUGACUUCAUGAUUUCUCAUGAUCUUGUUAUUAAUGAUUUCAUGAUUUCUCAUGAUCUUGAUAUUAAUGAUUUCAUGAUUUCUAAUUGA